CCUUCGGGGCUAUAAAGGCACAGCUGCACGGAUCAGCGAUCAGUGGGCAAGGCGACAGCAAGCCUGACAUGUCGCAUAAAUGGUUUUUCCCUUGUACGCAGUUUUUGCUGCUGCUACUGCUGUCGCACCACAGUUCAUCACCAACGGAGGACACGCGCGGACACAAUCAACUGGGGACCAUCAGCCUACAGGACUACGCGGCAACUAAAGUGCUCGUCACCCAGAUUACAGCAUCACCUCGUCACCGAGUGCACAAUGACAAGGACUACAGUCACGUGUUUGAUCGGCAAAUGAAAAUCCUGGGAGGCACUUCAACGUCGGCCUUCGGGGCUAUAAAGGCACAGCUGCACGGAUCAGCGAUCAGUGGGCAAGGCGACAGCAAGCCUGACAUGUCGCAUAAAUGGUUUUUCCCUUGUACGCAGUUUUUGCUGCUGCUACUGCUGUCGCACCACAGUUCAUCACCAACGGAGGACACGCGCGGACACAAUCAACUGGGGACCAUCAGCCUACAGGACUACGCGGCAACUAAAGUGCUCGUCACCCAGAUUACAGCAUCACCUCGUCACCGAGUGCACAAUGACAAGGACUACAGUCACGUGUUUGAUCGGCAAAUGAAAAUCCUGGGAGGCACUUCAACGUCGGCCUUCGGGGCUAUAAAGGCACAGCUGCACGGAUCAGCGAUCAGUGGGCAAGGCGACAGCAAGCCUGACAUGUCGCAUAAAUGGUUUUUCCCUUGUACGCAGGUAUGUGGAGAAUUUGAUGAUUAUUCGUACCGCUCAGAUGACCGUUGUUUAUUGCUGUUGCCUUGCCCAAGGCUCGUGAAACUGCUCCUUGUUGCCAUUGUUGAUUGUCGCUGGAGAGCACUCGUGCUUUUAAGGGGAGGAGAUGUUGAAGAAAAUCCUGGCCCAGAUAGAGAUACAAUGCGGGAAAUACUGGAAAGUCAGAAAGAGAUGGCGGCUAACAUAUCAACAUUGGUACAGGGUCAGAAAAGCUUUGAAAAACGAUUAGAGGCUAUUGAAGCGUCUACUUCCAAGAUAAAGGAUCUCAGUAGGGAGCUAAAUGACACACAAGGAAAACUAGUGCACUUAGAAGCGACCGUAGUAAAGCUCGAGUCAAAGAUCGAUGACUUGGAAAAUAGAUGUAGGAGAAAUAACUUGGUAAUCUACGGAGUAGAGGACGCAGAAACGGAGCAACAUUUGGUGGAAAAAGUGGUGGAAGGCUUCUUUAAAACAAAAAUGGGUGUUGAAGUUAAAUCUCUCGAAAGAAUUCACCGUCUCGGAAGGGUGGCUAGGGGUAAACCGAGACCAGUAAUCUUGCGCUUUGGAAACUACAAUGAAAGGCAAAAUAUUCUCAGAAAUGCUAAAAAAUUAAAAGGAACGCGCAUAUUUAUUAACGAGGACUUUUCGAAAAAUGUUAGAAUGAUAAGGAAAAAACUGUGGGACAGUGCGAAAGAAAACAGGCAAAGGGGAGAGAAGGUAUACUUAGCGUAUGAUAAAUUGAAGAUUAAUGGAGUGACUUACGCAUGGGAAGUAGAUACAAACCAGAGAGUUGAACUUUACUCAGCCAGAGAAGUACCUUCACCCGAGCAUGAUAAUUGACAGGCAUCUGAUUUCCCACAGGCAAACAGUGUCCUAUUUAUUA